AUGGACUCAGCGAGGCAUCAGACUACAGUCUUCAUUUAUGACCCUACCAGAAAGGCACUGAUCAAGUUGAACGCUUUCGUUCUGCGCGCCAUAAGCAUCGUCACCCCUUCGGAGCCGUUCAGUGGUCGAUUCGACGAGUUGCGACGGAGUCUGGUCCUUGCCGACCCGACCUUUGACCAACCGGGCCAAGUAGACGCCGUGAUGGGGGCGGAUGCUUAUCACUUCAUUAUGAGCACGGGCCUUCAGCAUUGCGGCUCUUUGCUCGCCCAGAACACCAUCUUUGGAUGGACGCUAACGGGACGCAUAGAUGUAUCGGCAACGCAGAAACAUCUCGUCACCUCUAAAGCCUGCGCGACCACUGUGCAGGUCAACGACGAGCUCAGCCAUGAGAGGCUCCUGGCGCUCGUCCAAAGAUUCUGGGCACUGGAGGAGAUUCUCGUAGCCAAACGCGUCUCUGCAGCAAACCUGGAGUGCGAGGAGAUCUACACUCGGGGAGUAUGUCGAGGCCAAGACGGAAGAUACGUCGUACGACUACCACUGAAGCCCGAAGUUGUCGCCCUGUUGGGAGAAAGUUUGCCGCAAGCACGAUCAACCCUCGUAUCGAUGCAGCGACGUAUGCAACGAGACCCAGAGUUGCGCAAAAAUUACUGCGAGUUCAUGGAGGAGUAUGCUCGACUCGGACACAUGCGAGCCUUGACCGCGGAGGAACUCGGUGGAAAUUCGGGACCAGCCUACUAUAUCCUACACCACGGAAUAUGGCAGCGCAGUGACAAGGGACGCAAACUUCGAGUCGUGUUCAACGCCUCUCGACUCACCACCUCCGGGCCGAGCCUCAAUGACGCCCUUCAUUCGGGACCGAAGCUGCAAAGCCAUAUUUCGUCCGUCAUUACCAGAUGGCGACGCCACCGUGUCGUAUUUUGUGCUGACGUACAGAUGAUGUUCCGGCAAGUCCGAGUUGACGAGAGGGACAUUCACCUCCAACGAAUUGUCUGGAGUCCCUCUGCAGAGGCUCCCGUUCGUCACUUUGCCCUGCAGACAGUCACUUAUGGGACAGCCUGUGCCCCGUUCCUUGCACUGCGAACGAUGCAGCAGUUAUGUGCUGACGAGGGAGAGAACCUUCCUUUGGCCAGAAAGGUGUUAGAAAGGGACCUCUAUAUGGAUGACUUCCUGAGUGGAGGUCAUGAUCUCGAGACUGCCAAACGAAUCCGCGAUCAACUCGUUGAGCUGCUUAAGGCGGGCGGCUUCCACCUCCGAAAGUGGGUUGCUAACGACCCGGAGUUACUAGUCGACAUCUCCACGGACGAUAGGCUCAGACCGAGUUGGGUCAACUUUUCGACGGGUGGUCCAGUCAGCGAAUUGGGAGUCACCUGGGAUCCGUUGGCCGACUGCUUCAGACUCCGAGCCAUGCCUCCACUUACGAGCGGACCGCUCACGAAAAGGACAGCCCUGGCAGAGUUGGCCAGCAUUUUUGAUCCUGCCGGCUGGCUCACGCCUCUCACCUUAGUCGCCAAGCUCAUCAUCCAGGAUCUUUGGAGAGCUAAAUUCGACUGGGAUGAGCCUCUACCCAAAUCGUGGAGCGAAAAGUGGCUCGACUUUCGCACUAGUAUGCAAGAGGCGUCAAAUGUAACCAUCGCCCGCUGGCUCGGACAUGGACCUGGGCGGGAGGUGCAACUUCACGCAUUCGCCGAUGCCAGUCGGCGAGCCCUAGCCGCCGUCGUGUACUCGCGCACCUCCAUCUCGAACUCGGAAUUCAGCAUCAACAUCAUCAGCGCAAAAUCAAAAUUAUCGCCCAUUCGAAGCCUACUUCCAGCCACCAGCACCCGUGCCAGAAUGACAAUUCCGCGGUUGGAGCUUCGUGCAACUCUCAUCGCCGCACUGCUGCUCCAGGACGUCGCAAUCGCCCUACAGGUGCCCAUGACUAACUGUCAUCUUUGGAGCGACUCGCAGGUCGCUCUCCAUUGGAUUCGGUCGGAGGACCCCGUGGGCAACGAUUUGAUCGACAAUUAUGUCGCUCAUAUUCAGGAGCUCACUGUCGGUGUCACCUUCCACCACGUGCCUACCGAAUGUAACCCGGCCGACAUCGCCUCGCGCGGCACUGUUGCGUCUCAGCUAGCUUCCCACCAACUCUGGUGGAAGGGACCAGAUUGGCUCUCGGCCCCUCCCCACCAUUGGCCAGAAGAGUCAGACGCUGGCAGCCCGCCGCCAGACAAAGAGAUCACCACGGCCUGCACAACAUCUCUGGUCGCGAAGGCGCAGCGCGGAUCUCCGCAGUCUCAUCUCUCUCGUUUCUCUUCCCUCGGGGCUCUACUAAGAGGCACAGUCCGUGCAAUUAGAUUACUGCGCGGCAAGCAGGGAACCAAGCCAGUGGCGCCAGUCACGGUCGCCGAGCUGCGACGGGCUUUUAUUUUGAGCGCCAGACUUUCUCAAGGCUAG